CCAUUUGCAAAGCCAACUGAAUGGCUGAAAAUAUUACACACCACUCUCUACAACAGCCACCUGUAACAAAUCCCUUAUAUUUCUCAUUUAUCUCUUUCUAACUUGUUGUUCUUGUUCUUGCAGCUGCAAUUACAAUGGCAACUCUACAAUCUCUUGCAUUUGCUUCUCCUGUUUCAAAGCAUUCUCAUCAAGUUCCCUCUUUUGCAGGCGUGACAUCAGGGGCCAUCCGUAGUGCAGGCUCCUCAUUCAGCGGACAAACAUUGCACCUGUCCUCUUCACAAUAUGCCCCUCAACGAAGAAAAAUUCAGAUGUCAAGAUUAUGUGUAAUGAUGGUUAAACCAACGAUUCAAUUUAUCCAAGGGACUGAUGAGCAGACUGUUCCAGAUGUGAAGCUAACUAAAUCUAGGGAUGGAACAAAUGGUAUGGCUAUAUUUAGGUUUGACGAGCCAUCAGUUUUUGACUCAUCUGGUGAGGUUGGCGAGAUCACUGGCUUCUACAUGAUUGAUGAGGAAGGGACUCUUCAAUCAGUUGAUGUAAACGCCAGGUUUGUAAACGGAAAGCCUGCAGGGAUUGAAGCCAAGUAUGUCAUGCGUACUCCACGAGAUUGGGACAGGUUCAUGAGAUUUAUGGAGCGAUAUGCUAAUGCAAACAGCUUGCAGUUUGUAAAGAGUUGAGGAGACAUAUAUCUCUCCCUUACACCCUUCGGAUUUCUGUGAAAUUUACGUUGAUCUUUGAUAUUAGAUCAAGUAAGUGUACACUUGUAAAAGCUUUUUGUUGCGUAAUUAUAUCUGGUGUGAGUAUUAAUUGUUCA